AUGAUCCCGGGAAGAAUAGGCGUGGCCAACGUGACGCACCGACGGAAGGUCGCGAGGUUGAAAGUCGCGGACACACGUGUGGCUGGUCAAGCAGACGGAAAAAAAUCGGAGAGAGGCGGAGUCAGCGGCCGACGGUCCACCCUGAGGGGAACCGCAGGCGAACGCACGAGCGGAGAGACUCACUUCCGCACGGAUAUAUGCUGCGCGUGCACCCGAGUGAUUGCUGCUCUCCCGCACCUGCAGCCGCCGUCCACUCCGCAGCUGAACUCACCGCCAUGGGCCCGCGGCUAGCAGACUCGCCUAACUCACAGGUUGUUCCCGCUUGGAAGUCUGGAAAAAGCCAAGACACGGUCGUAGUCCAAAUAAUCUUUUUGUGGAUUUUACAGUUUCUGAGAGGUUGAUUUCAAGGCUACACGUUUUUUUCUCAGCAUGUUUUAGCCAUUAUUUGGGCCGUCAUAGAUUUUCAUUGAUACGUUUUAUUAAAUAAGGCUCAAUGAAGCUUGUAGGAACUUUUCUUCAUGUAUCAAGCCUAUACCAAGAUCAUUUAGCCUUUUUAAACAGAUUAUGCUCUUGAAACAAUUCUUUUAGAAAGUUUUUUUGAAGACGACGAUCUUCAUGUGUAGCCUGUUCUGUCUUUUGUUAAUAAGUUAAUGAAAAACAAUAAAGAAGUGAAUCAUUUUUCAAAGAUUUUUUUUAUUUAAAAAAGUCCUAUUCAUUGGGAUUCAUUAGAAAAUGGGAUUCAAAAAAAUGUUUAUAAUCAACAAUUUGAAUUUUUUACUUGAAGUACUGCGAAGUAUCGCUAAAAUAACUUUUUUGUUCUCUCAGACCGGCAUCAAAAUUGAGACUAUGGACGGGUUUGCCAGAAUUGAGCGUCCAACUCCAAAAUAUCCAGAUGGUCGAAGAACUUCGGCACCGGCGGCUCUUUCUGCAAAUUUCCUCGAAAUCGUGGGUUCUUUUUAUCACUGAGCGGCCCUUAAAAACAAUAUCAUGGCGACCUUCGGACCUUCCAUGAGGAAAUGGUUGCCUUAUCAACUUCGAUAAUCAUCGGUUCCGCGUUUUUCUUUCGUCCGUCUGAAAAGUGAACUGAAUGGUUCAGCCUUCGUCCUGUGCCAUGCAGAUCACGAUCCUACAGAGACUACUCGACAAGCAGUCUUCCUUGAAAGUAGAAGAGAGCAGUCCUGACUCAGGUCCCGUCCUUCCAAUCCAGGGCUCCUGCUAACCAAAGGGUUCAGGACUCGGCGACUCGACGCCGGAGACGUCGCCUUCGUCCUCCUCGUCGCUCUCUUCGACGGCGACUCGUCAUGCCUUCGCCCCGCCGCCUCCAAAGAUCGUCGUUGCUCCGCCGAUUCCGACGACGUCAACCGCUGAUCCCUCUGUUCCUGGAUUCUCGCCGUUCCUCUGGCCUUGGCUCAAUAGUAAGUCGGUUUCGUUCUUUGUCCAUUAAAGUUUCUUUAAUCUUUCUGAUUGCUUAAAAGUCCUCUUUAAAAAAAAUGGUCUUUUGAUCUUCUCAUUUUUAUUUACUUGCAGAACAUUGUCUACUUUUGUCAGCAGAUACUCACUUUAAGGAACUAUUUUUGGUUUUUCGUGUUUUUGAGCUUUUUUUUUGAGCAAAAACCAGAUUUUAGGAUCACUUUCUUAGGAAAAAAAAACCUUGUGUCUUAGGUGCAUUUCAUUGGACAGAUUAAUUAUUCACGUCACCAACGAAAUUGCUUAGUUUUUCAGUUCAGUUCUUUAUCAGCUUAUUUUUUAGAAAGAUACAGAAACUGACCAAUGUCUGUGUACUUCUUGGGGAAUCAACAUAUUUGGCUGAACAUUUUUUGAUCUUUAUAGAUUUUUCACGUCACCAGCGAAAUUGAUUAGGUGCAUUGAUUAGGUGCAUAGGUGAAAACGAACAUAUUUCGAAGACAAAAAAUAAAUAAAAAGCGCAUUUUCUCUUUAGUUUAGUUAAUUUAGUACAUCUUUUUCCUACUUUGAAAAAUUUAUGUUUUUUUUAUCUAUGAAUUUUGAGCUUGCAUGAACCAAAAAUUUCCAUAUUUCAUGGUAGAAAAUUGACUUUUUUUGCACCAACUUUUCCAAAUACGAAGACCUUUUUUGUUGUGUCCUCCAAAACGUUUCGUGUUGUGUCUCGACAGUUUUUGAGUCGGUUCGUGUGUAUUUGUGCCCUCGGAGGCUCCGCCUUCUUUUUCCCGUGGAAUUUUGUUGACUUUUCGCACGGUCCCAGGGGUAUUGAGAACGUUUCUAUCGAUUCGCUAGCUCUUUGAAGUCAAUGAAAAAAAGGAAUCACUUAUCAAGUUCGAGAGUUUUAUUAAAAUACUGAAGAAGGGCGAAGACAUUUUUUGAAAUGAGGAAUUCCUAUAGAGUAUUAUUUUUAAAGUAGUAUCUAACAGUUGAGAACAAUUCUGUUUUUUGAAAAAGAUUGAGAUAUUUUUUUUAAAAUUAAAAAUGAAGAAAUACAUUUUGAAAUCUUUUUCUUUUUUGCAGAAUUGUAUAGAAUUUUGGUUAAUUAAUAAAUUUCUUUUUUUUUUCACUUUCGAGUAAAUUUUUCGCUAGAAAGUACUAUUUUCAGUUAUUGAGCUUCUCUAUCAUUUAUAUUAAGAUUUCCUUCGUUGGUCCCUUUGCGAUCUAGACUGUCUCUUCAUGUAUGAAAAAAAAAAUUGGAAAAGUUCAGAAUUUUUAUUCUUCCAGUUCUGCUUUCGCGUUUUCUCCAUAGGAUCCGAGUAACGUGAAACGGUUUGGGACGUGAAAAGAAAACGUCUUCCUUUUCUGUUUCAAAAGUGCUUUUGAAAUGGAAGGCGUGUCUGCGCAGUCGUGAGCCGAAUGUUUGCGGUCGAGCGUCGCGGAAGCGGCGACUGCGCUGCGUGUUCCAACGGACGGACGGAUGCGCGACGUUUUCCGCGUCGUGCACGCCAAGUGACCCUUGGCGAUUCGUUCCGUUGUUGGGGGUUUCUUCUUGAGAAGCUUCAUCUCAAGAAGCUUCCGCCUCCUUGGAACAAUCGAUUGAUAACUUGGAACUAGGGCCCUCUAAUUGCCUUGAUAAAGCUCCUUUCCUUUCUUCAGGUAGAAGGAUGGAGAAGAAGGAGCAUAUAGACCCUUAAGAAUGACCGGGAAAGCUCAUAAAGGCUCUGUAGAGUUUUCUAGGUCGUCAAAUUAAUACUUUGGAAUGUUUAUUCAUUUUGUAAGAUCAUUUUGUGGCCUUCCUUUUUUCAAACUUUUAGGCUCUUCAAAAAAUACACUUUUUUAUGUGUUGAGAGAAAAGACAAAGAUAACAGAUUUCCAUUUGAUAACGCAUUUUCACAGAUUUUUUUAACAGAUCAACUUGAAGUUUAUUCUCUUCAACAAAAUUACAAUAUCGCGAGGUCAAAAAAUUUUUUUACAGCCUUUUUGAUAAUACUUACUUUGACACUUUGAUAAUUUGAUGGUCCGUCUUCGCUGUCAGCGCGGACCACACGUCUUCCAUGCGUCCCUUUGACAAUAGUAAACGCGAAAUGGAACAAUUUGUUUCAAAAAUUAACCACUUCUUUUUUUUUAAAUCCCUCACUGAGAGGUCAUUUUCACGCCUAAACACAAAAAGUGUGUCGCAUCCGCUUUUCUUCACUUUUUUCACCUGGACAUUCUUCUCAAACGAAUCAUUUUGCUGGUGUGCUGGCGCUGGCCGCAUAUCCGCCGCGGAUACCAGUUGUAUUGUCCGGAGGCUUUCGCUGGCGGGAGUGAAAAGGCGAGUGAAACGUGAGGGCCAAGGAGUGCGACCGGAGGUGAUGCGGAUGAAAGGACGAACUGGUGUGGUGGAAAACGCCGAAAGUCCAAUCGUCGCCUUCAUAUCCGCCUCAUUUUUCUGCACUCGACCAUGAGUCUCAUUGGACGCGGUUCACAGAUUUGCUGAGGAAGAAGCAUUCUUUGGGCGAAUCGAAAUUUGACAAUGAAAAAGCGAAGAAUUGCAAAAAAAAAGCCCCAAAGUUGGCUAAGAAAUUCUUUAAUGAAAAAUCCUCAUCCAAAAUAACUUUUGUAUUAUACAAAAUGAAAAACUUUUUUAAACUAUUCCACAAUUUUUUAUUCUUUUUUAAUUUUGUGACAGAAAUGAGUUCCAGUGUCUCGAGUUAUACCUUUUUUUUCUCUUAAAAAAUACUCAGAAAAUACCAUUUUUUUAAGCAACUGACGUUAUCGAGGUCAUGAAAGUUGUGGUUAAUUUUUCGUAAAAAUCAGGAAAAUUCCUGACAGCUUUUUGAUAAUCAGAAAUGAGUUUCAGUGUCUGAAAACCGACACGUCGUGCAUCCAUGGCUCUCCACAGCGCUGCUCUAUCCGUCGUUAUCGCAGCCGGGGGCCAUGUGCGGCGCGAUACCGCAGCCGCCAGCCGCACGUCCUGCCGUCGGACUCCUGACCACCAGUUUGUGCUCUUCAUAUUGCUUCCAGUGAAAGAGCCUUAUUAUGAAUAUGCAGAUCGACUUUGAUCUAUGUAGAAUGGAGCUUUAAUAUGUUUUCAAUUUACAGAUUUUCAGGGCUAGAAACGUUUGAUAGCUUUCAUGAACUAUCAGUUUGAAAGAAGCUUUCAUAACGUUGUAGUUUUUCUCAGUUCUUGAGCCCUAUCAGCCUCGAUUUUGUACAGUAUGAAGUUUUCUUCGUCUUUAAUAUCUAUAGGAGGAAUAUGGGAGUAUCGAGUACAAAUACUAGUUAUAAUUUUGAAAAAUAGGGAGAUAUUCCUUCGAAUUAGAAAUUGAUUUUUCAUUCCGUUUAUUAUUGGACGACCAUUCGACCCUCUAAUUUGAAAAAAACAGCGAUCUAGACAACGUGGGAAGUAACUGAUCGGAAAACAAGCAUGUUUUUCAGCGCCUCUGCCGCAGACCGUGGGAUCGGCGUUUCCGUCGGAGCUGGCGACUCCGCAAUUGCCGACGGCGACUUCGUUGUGUCCGCUGCAGCCGUAUCUCCUGGAAGCGCGCCGAUUUUCCGAACCGAUGGCCUCUUCCACCAAUCUCAUCGCCCAAAGAAGGAAAAGUCGUGAAGGUCGGGUUUGUGUUCGGAAGAGCGUACUGAAUUGCUCUACAGGCCAGGUAACCUACCUGUGGGAGUUCCUUCUGCGACUGCUUCAGGACAAGGAAUACUCCCCCAAGUUCAUCAAAUGGAUCGAUCAGGCCAAGGUUUUGAUUCCAUUGAAUUUGGAAAGUGGAAGGAACUUUUUGAAAGUUCUUCUCCUAAGGCAAGGGAAAUGCAGUUGGUCCGAAAAAGGGAAUAAAGAUAUAUUUGUCUUUGAAGAAGAAAUUCAACUCGAUAAACAAAAUUUUUUUCAAAUUCUUACUGCAAACGUUUUUUCUAGAGCUUUCGAAAAUAACUUUUCUUGAGGGUAUAUUUAAACUGGUCGAUUCGAAAGCCGUUUCCAAGCUCUGGGGGAUGCAUAAAAAUAAGCCGGUAAGCGAUUGUUUUCUGUGAACAAGAAUAAAAUGGGGAAAUAUUCAGGGUAUGAACUACGAAACUAUGGGCCGAGCGUUAAGGUACGAGAAGAACUGCAAAUUUUUCGUUAUUUAUUUAUUUUUUCCUCUGAAGGUACUACUACCAGCGAGGAAUCCUGCAAAAAGUCGAUGGCCAGCGACUCGUCUACCAGUUUGUUCAGGUUCCCAGCGAAUUAUCAAAUGUUUGUUAUUUAACGAUUUUCAAAUUUCAUGGCCUUUUUGUGAUAAAAGCCCUACAAUUUGAGGUCAUCUGACCUUUCUCGGCUUCUUCUCUAGAAAAAUUAAUAAUAGAAUAAUUUUAGCAGCUCGAAAUUUGAUUUUUUUAGUUUUUUUGUAGACCAAAUAUUCUACUUCUUUCGACACUUGAAGUGUCCUACAUAUUUACCACACUCAAGCCAAAUUAUUUCCGAAUUUCGCGAAACAUGUGGACACAGUUCACUUCAAGCUCAGCAUGGAAUUGACAGGAGAGCGACUCGGGAACGGACUCAAUAGGCAGCGACUCUUUCGAGGGAGAAACUCCGCCUCGUCACAGUCCGCUCUCGCCGCCACACGUCUCCUGCCGCGUCUGA